UCAAAACAAAAACAUUUUCUUCCCGAAAGUCGCGAAAAGUUUGCUUUGCUUUGAUUUCGAUGUAGAGUUUAGUGUAAAAGAGGAGAAAGAACUCAAAACCUCUAUAAUAUGGGUUUCGGAAAUGUGUGUAUAGCUUGCUUAGCUACUGAUGUGAAGAUGUACAAUUUAAAUAAAUUAUUCCGUAGUGUUUACUCAAAUCUGACUGGUAUUACGAGCAUUGAUGAUACAUACUACAUCUGUUAUGUAUGUACACAUGUGCUUUUAAAAAUUGAACAAUUUCGAUCUCUAUGUCUCAGAGCUUAUGAAACUCUCACAAGAACAGAGCAUGCACAUGACAGGACCACCUGGCACCAUGAACCCAGGUUGAAGCUGACAGAAACAAAAGUUUUGUAUUUCGGACCUGAUCAAAUUGUGUUGUCAGACACUGAUGCUGAUGAUAAUGAUGUUAAAGAAGCCAAACUAUUUCAUUCAGGUUUAAUACAUGCUAUAAAAUGUGAUACUAAAGCCCAAGUUCACACUUAUGAUACAGUUCUGAAGUCAGAAAGAAAUAAUAUACAUUCAAAUCCAUUAAACAUAAAACCGGGUGCUGUCUUUAUUGAACCUGGCAUUAGAGAACUGAAAGAAGAAUUUGAAAGUGAUUUCAACCAUUCAGAGCUUGCUGAUAGAUUUGCAUGUGACAUCCAAACUCAAGAGUCUCAAGAUACAGUCAAUAUUGAAGACAAGACAAAGUUGAAAUCUGUCAAGAAAGAGGGUAAAUCCAAACCAGCAAGGAAAAUACAAAUAAAAGUGUCCCAGAAAAAGAAUUUGAACAAAAAGACUUUGUUUAGUAAUAAGCAAAUCUCUGAAACUAUGACCAUUGCUGUACAGAGCCCAGUAGAUGCCAAAAGGGAAAUUGAGAUGAGAAGGCAGUCUCAUAAAUACGAUACGUCUAAUUUUAAGUGUAACCUUUGUUUUAAAGUAUUCAACCAUCAGAGGACACUUAGCAAUCAUAUGAAGAAACAUAAUAAUGAUUUUGUGCAUGAAUGUGACUAUUGCCAUAUCAAAGCGAAGACCCGAAUAAUGAUGAAGGAACAUAUAUUACGGACUCACAUGUACAAGUUCACAUGCAAGAGAUGUCCGUAUGUGUGUUCUGCAAGAGUUCAAGCAAAGUCUCACAUAAAGCAACACAAAGGUGUCACACUGGUGUGUAAAAUAUGUGAAAAAACAUUUAGAUUUUCCCACACUCUUGCAGUGCACAUGCGCUCCAGUCACAUCUCAGAGCUGAGUGAGGUCGUGUGUGAAAUGUGCGGAGAUGUAUUCAUAUCUAAAAAUGGGUUGAAUGGGCACAUGAGCUUGUCGCAUUCAUUCGAGAGCUUGCCCCGGUCGGGCCCGGCGUGCACCCCGUGCGGCGCGCGCUUCUGCAGCGACGCCGCCUACCGGAGGCACCUCGUGCUGUCCACCAAGCACCACGUCAGCAACGGUUGUUCUCGAUGCGGCGACACGUUUCAGAAUGACAAAGCUCUGAGGAAGCACGUGAAGGAAGCUCACCCCGAGUCUACUGAUCGGCCGCCGCGGUCGCUUCUGCGCAUGCCUAUUGAGUGGCCCGUGCCUUGCCCUGAGUGUUCUGUGGUACAAAACGAUCGCGUGGAGUACAAGCAGCACAUACUGGCAGUGCACCCCGACAGCGCUCGGGCGAAGAAAAUACAAUACAAUGACAAAAGACUGGCUGCCAAAAAGUUUGUGUGUGAAGUGUGCGGUUUAGGAUUUCCGCUCGCGUGCUACCUCUCCUACCACAUGUGUACCCACACGGGUCAUCGCCCGCACGCCUGCGACCACUGUUCACUAUCCUUCGCGUCGCCGGCCGAGCUCAGAGUGCACGAGAGAGUUCACCAGCCGCGCCAGGCGUGCCCCGACUGUGGGAGGAGCUUUAAACAUUCGUACACGCUGAAGAAACAUCGACGGGUGGUCCACCUAAAGAUCCUCCCACACAACUGCUCCCAAUGCGACAAGAAGUUCCACGACCGCUGCGCGCUGAAGUACCACAUGAGACACGUGCACGAGAAGGUGCCGUGGCCCACCAUCAACAGGAAGACUCGACUUCCCCGCAAAGACGGCGGCAAGAGACCAAGGAGGGAGUAUCACGAUAGUGGAGACAGCUCUACUAAUUAAUAUGUUUAUACUUGUCCAGUGUCCAGACGACCGAAUGGCGUAGAGACGACCGAAUGGCGUAGUGGUUAGUGACCCUGACUACUGAGCCGAAGGACCCGGGUUCGAUUCCCGGCUGGGGCAGA